UGAUCUUGCAUGUGUUCAGGUGUUGUUGGAAGCCUGUCCUGAGUCAAUUCACAUGACCGACUUUCGCCUCCAAGAUUGUUUGCAUUUUUCUGCUUGUCACGGCCACCUUGAAGUCACAAAAUAUCUGUUGGAUCAAGGAGCUGCUGUCGAUAGCAGAUGUGAUGAACGCCUGACUCCGCUAAUUCAGUCGGCAUUUUGCGGCUGUAAUUUAACUACUGGCCUGUUGUUGGAUCGCGGAGCAAAAAUUGAUGCUACAGACAAAAACGGGUGUACCGCUCUGAUUGCUGCAGCGUCUCGAGGUAAGGUGUCCAUUUUGCAGCUUCUGUUGGACAGGGGAGCAGAUAUUCGGCUUCUAACAACAGACGGUAAAAAUUGCCUGCAAACUGCAAUAGCUAACGGUCACCAAGAUGUCUGCAUGGAAAUUAUCAAGCAUGUAAGGUGGAAGGAAGCUUUUCCAGUGUGUGACGAAAGAAGCAAUUUCAUCCCUUUGAAAAGUCUUAUUGAAACGUUCCCUUCUGUGGCCAAGGUGGUUAUGGAUAAAUGCAUUCAAAACUCCUAUCACCUACAAACAGAUGAGGAUUACUCGCUAACUUAUGACUUUGAAUAUGUGAAUCCCGACCCUUCCCUCCUUAGCGAUGGACGUGUCUUCUUUGCUCCAAAGACCAUGCUGGACUAUGGAAGAGAAGAAUUGAUUUUUCAUCCGCUGAUUAUCGAGCUGAUGCGAUGCAAAUGGCAGCACAUGGGUGUCAGGUUUUUUUACAUCUCUGCUGUGAUUUACCUUUUUUACCUUGGAAACUUGACGUUUUAUAUGUUGUGCAUUCAACAUCUUUACUUGCUUAAUCCCGUUCGACCAGUUAUUCCAGACGGACAGAAUGUGUGCAUCACUGCUCGAAUCGAAGUCUGGGAGAUAUUUAUUGCAGUUAUGACAGCUGUUUAUUUGUUGAUAGAAAUGCAUCAAGCAUUCUGGGAAAAAUGGAACUACAUUGAAACAAGCAACAUUGCUGAGAUUUGCACCUUCUCGACAGCACUAAUUUCCAUAUUGUCAGAGCAUCUGGGUUUGGAAUUUUCUGAUAAAUGUGUUUUCCUUGCCAUUUCUGUGCUGUUUGGAUAUCUUACGCUUUUACUGUAUCUGCAAAGUAUAUUUGAAUCUGGAAUACACGUCACAAUGCUUUUUGUUGUGCUGAAGACAUUAGGCAAGGUAGCAAUAAUGUUCUCCAUCUUAAUCUUUGCUUUUGCUUUGGUAUUUCAAAUGCUUUUAUCAAAGAAAGUAAACGCCAUAGCUCUCAACAUGACAAUGAAUGGAACUUUAUUGGACGAUAUUGAAAAGGACCCGUUCCAGUCAUUGCAUUUGUCUUUAGUGAAGGUGGUUGCCAUGACAAUCGGUGAACUUGAAUACACCCGCUUUUUCACUGACCAGCAGCUGUUUUCACCGACCUUUAGCCAAGCAGUGUUCUUAGUGUUUUGUGUCAUGAUGCCGAUCGUGCUAAUGAAUUUGACGAUCGGUCUUGCCAUUGGUGACAUCGAUUCAAUUCGGCAGAAUGCAGAAUAUAAACGUUUAUCUAUAAAGAUCGAAGUGAUCCAUGAGUUCAUUGAAAAAUCACCACUGUGGCUUCUUCAUCGUUUACAUCAGCCCAAGUCGGUUAAACAACCAAACAAGAAGGCAAAAACUAUACUACAGAAAAUAAAGGGUCUAGGGGACAGACUGGUCAGCGGACAAAAACCAAAAUACACGGUGGAGGAUGCGGAAAGAAAUUUGGCUGAUCACUUGACAAAGAUAUUGACAUCAAGAAUGAGGGAGCAGGAUGAUAGAAUCAGUGGUAUAACCCUGGAAAUGAGGGAACAACGGAAACUGCUAGAGUCACUGUUCCAAAGGAUGGUCAAGAAGGAAGCACGAAGAACUUUGAGCGACGAUUAAAAAAACAUAUAUAACCAACCAACACUCAGACAAACAUGGAAGGAAAAGGUUGAGGACUGACAACGCUUUUCUCAUAGUGCGAAAGACUGUGCUAUAAAUGGUGAUGAAACUUAAAAGUUUCGUCAAUCUUUGACGGUGUGUUGUGUGGCCAAAAAAAAAAAAAAA